GACAAGAUGCUUCGCACCCCCAAGUGCUCAAGGUGCCGGAACCAUGGCUACCUGGUGCCAGUCAAGGGCCAUGCGGGCAAGUGCCGCUGGAAGCAGUGCAUCUGCGACAAGUGCUACCUGAUCACCGAGCGCCAGAAGAUCAUGGCUGCCCAGAAGGUGCUCAAGACACAAGGUGCCGAGGAGCAGGCGGCCACCGCGGGCACGCAGGGGCCCCAGCUGCCUCCUGGGGCUCCGGUGGCGGCCCCCGCCGCCGCCGCCGCCGCCUCGAGCUCCAGCCUUUGCCCACUGCCUAGGGUGGCUCCGGGAGGCGCGGGGCCAGGCCCCGUGGCCACCUGCUUCCUCGAGAGGCCCCGGCAGGCCCGCAGCCCAGGCCCGAGCGCCUUCCAGCUGGUCCCAGGCGGCCGCCCGGGCCCCAGCACCUUCCAGCCUGGUCUGGGGAGCCCCGGGGGUCCGCACGACCGUCCCCCCGCGUGGCUGCCGCCCGCCAGCCCGCAGCCGCCCAGGCCCGAGUCCUGCGGCCCGGAGCAGCGCCUGCUAGUGCGGCCCGUGCCCCGACCGCCGUUCACCGACUACGACUACGGGCAUCCUCUGAGAUUCAGCUCUGAUCAUGUCAGGGGAGCUGGGUACCCCGAGAGAGAGCCUUUCCAGCAGUGCCCUGCCUGCGUCCCCAUGCCAUCCUAUCAGCCCUUCCCACCUGAUGGCCAGGAUGCAGCCUCAGCUCUGGGGAUCCCUCAACAGAGAAGCUUCCGUCACGUCUCCUGCAGCCCCUACCACGGAGGCAGCCUGGUGUCAGAACCAGGCCGGGACCUCCAGCCAACCUACUGCUCACCGCCACCACCUGCACUGCCGCCUCCACCGCCUCCACCGCCUCCACAGCACUCUAGCUUCCUCCCCUCGGGCUAUCUCUCUGCUCUCCACUUACUGGCUCCGCCGCCGCCGCCACCAUCGCCCCCGACUUUCUCACUGACCAUCCUGUAUGACACAGACAAGGAGGAGACCAAUGAUCAGGAUGAGAAGGCGCUCACCAAGCCCAGCCAGAACCCCUCCCAGGAGCGGUCCAACUAAGCUGCAGGCCGCGCGAAGGCCACUGGGCGGGGAGGGCUACUCGGCAGCAAUUAUUUUUUUUCCCCUUUGCUCAUGGUCUAUAGUGAGGAAGGAUAUUGAUAGGUGUAAAA